AUGGCUUCACCUCCUUUAACGAGACCUCUUCGAAGCUCGAAGAGGCUAUCACUUACCUUGAGUGUCCGGAAACGUGUUGAACGUAGGAAAAGUGCCAAAAGUACCUCUUCACAGGAACCGGAAGGCUCUACGCAAAGAGUUGCAAGUUGUGAACCGACGUCGACUGAAGUAAACCUUGAGCCGGCUCAUCUAAGUCCUACCAGGGAUGAUUGCCCUUCAGAUAACAAACAAUCAGUGGUGCCGGAAAUUGUCAUCAUUUCGAGCGAUGACGAAAACGAUUCUCGCACUCCUACGAAAAGCUCCAUUCGGGAGUUCUUCACGCCGGAAGAAAGCACACGUCUACGGUCAAAUUGUGAUGAGACAUAUUACCUUACAGCCUCCACUAGGAAGCAAGCAGCCCCGCAAACGUUGCCACGAAAAGCGGCCGGCAAAGUACGGCGCAAGAUUUGUCCAACCACAAACAUCAAGAUGCUGACGAAGAAGUACUUUGACGAUUCGCAGAAACGGAUAACAAACUUUUUCAACAAACAGAAUGAAGACACCGAACGUGUGGGCUAUUGCCGGGUUUUGCAGCAAUCGGUAAUGCCAACCAUCGUGACCGGCGAUAUGGACGUAGAACAAAUGUUGCAUGUAAAUCUUGAAGAAGGAGAACAUCACUUACGUAUUUCUGCCGUUACAUCGCUUGCUGAGAUUCCGGAAUUUUCCGGGAGACAAUUGGGUCCCACAGAGAUUAUGGAACGCAUUGAGCGUGUGCAGAGUGCGUGCUACGAUCCCGACCGAGAAGACUGGAAUAUGGAGCGGGUGGCCGUCCCGAUUGUCACGACCCCAUUACCGGCUGAUGAUACCACCGGUGAUUCUGGUAUUGCAUUUGCAGCCUUUGAGGAUGCACAUGGAACAGAUGUGAUAAAAAAUCAGUUGAAAGGUGAAACAGUACGGCCAAGAUCGGCCACGGGAAAGGAGAGCACAAACAGGACAAAGCAUACAAAGCCGUCAACAAAUCGCUCCAAAGUUGCCGGAGCUAAAGUGCCAAAAAGCGCACCAAAGAAAGAACGGAAAAAGGUCGUCUGUCCAAAGUACAAAAUAAUCGCUGGCACGACGUUUGCCGUGGACGGGUUUCGGUACGGCGACAUUGAAGGUGUGACGCACUAUUUUCUGACUCAUUUUCAUGCGGACCACUACAUUGGGUUGAAGAAAUCGUUUUCGAAACCACUGAUAAUGUCUCCGAUCACGGCCAGACUAGUGAAGACGUUUAUUAAUGUUCCCGAGGAACAUUAUCUGCUGAUUGAUCUUCAUCAGGCGAUCGUUAUCGAUGGUGUCGAGAUAAUUGCGCUGGAUGCAAAUCACUGCCCUGGUGGAAUCAUGUUCCUGUUUCGGUUGCCGAACGGCACAAAUAUACUGCACACUGGCGAUUUCCGGGCGUCGCCCGAGAUGGAAGAGUAUCCUGAGUUGUGGAACUUUCCGAUCGAUUGCAUUUACCUCGACACAACGUAUCUUUCGUCGAAGUACGCAUUUAAGCCACAAUGUGAGAGUGUGGCCAUCGCUCGAGACACUGUUCUUGCAUUUCUAAAGAAAAACAUUGGUGCUAAGGUGUUGAUAGUUUGCGGCAGUUAUUUGAUCGGGAAGGAAAAAGUGUGGAUGGAGCUGGCAAUUGCGACCGGCAUGAAGGUGUGGACCGAACCGAACCGCUGGAAGGCGCUCACUGCAAUCGCAGAUCCCAUGCAGCUUUCGUUGCUCGUCACGGACCCUGCGCAAGCGGACAUUCAUGUACUAGCGAUGAACAAAAUAUCGUACGAUGAAUUGGGUGAGUAUUUGGACCAGUUCCCGGAUCGGUAUGAUUGCGUUAUAGCUCUUCGGCCGAGUGGUUGGGAGAAAAACAGCAAACCACAGUAUCGGGGAAGAAUCAAUAUAGUGGGUAUCGAAUACUCGGAACACUCGAGCUUCGAUGAGCUGAAGCGUUUCGUUCAGUUUGUUCGACCGCGCGAAGUGAUCAGCACUGUGCCUUACGGGAAUGCGAAUCAAAGCCGUACCCCAACGGUGCCAAUGUCGUGGUACACGGGAGACAUUCGACCACAACGCAAAGCACUGCAACUGUCCAUCACAAGCUUCAUUACAGCGAAUGGGGCACAGGCUGGCGGAGGAUCUAGCAAAAAACCUGCUGCGGCCGUGUUAGAGCAGGAAUCGGUUAAAGUUGAACCUAAACAAAAGGAUCACGGUACGAUCAAGGUCGAGUGCAGCGCUCAGGAUAUCAUAGAACUCGAUAGCAUUGAAGAUGAAAAUGAGCAAAGGUCGGAGCAGGGAGAAUUCAAUUACGACAGCGAUUGGUUACCUUAAA